AUGGACUUUAUGACCGGCAUAGGGGUUACGCUUCUGUGGUUGUUCCUGUUGAUGAGCGGGCGGGGCGUCAGUGCUCAGAGCUCUCCAGGAAACAAUGCAGAGACCUGCCUCCAGCCCCCCGAAGUGGGACCCUGCCGAGCCCUGCUUCGCCGUUACUACUACGACAGGUUCACACAGAGCUGCCGCCAGUUCUUCUACGGGGGCUGCCAGGGCAAUGCCAACAAUUUCGAAACUUUGGAGGACUGCAAUGAAGCUUGCUGGAGGAUAGACAAAGUUCCUCAUAUUUGCAGGUUGGAAGUCAGUGAGGGGCGGUGUGGAGUGCGCAGAGAAGAGUACUUCUUCAAUCUAAGUUCCAUGGCAUGUGAAAAAUUCUUAUCUGGCAGGUGUCACAACAAUAAGAACAGGUUCCCGGACAAGGAUACUUGUAUGAGCUACUGUGCACCAAAGAAAAGUCCGUCAUAUUGCUACAGUCCAAAAGAUGGGGGAAAAUGCUCUGCUAAUGUAACUCGCUAUUAUUUUAAUCCAAGACACAAAGCCUGUGAGGCCUUCACCUAUACUGGCUGUGGAGGGAAUGACAAUAACUUUGCUAACAUGGAGGACUGCACACGUGUUUGUCUAAAAGCUGUGAAGAAGGAAAAGAAUUAG